GAAUCGCUGUGUUCAUCCGCUCACACUCCUUCGAGAGUGUUCUCCGUGACGACCGUAAUAGUGUUAAGUUCAUCUCACCUCAUCCACCCGUUCAUAGCCACAUCAGUGGCUGAACGUUCACACUUCAAGCUCAAGAGACACAUCAGACCGUCGCCGACGAGCAGACCGCUGCCGGAAGCGAACCAACAGCCACUAAGUGAGUGCUAGUCCGCGAGACCGCCGACAUAUAUCGCCGCCCGCCCGCAUAGGAUGGUAGAAACUGACCCCGGGCCCAAGAAACCUCACAAUUGUGAUGUAAAAAGGGACCUCCAAUUGAACGGCCCAGGUUCCAAAACCGCCGAGCUUGGCGUCGUACCUUCACUGAAGAAAUCGGGCAAACCCGAUCCAGAGAAAGGUUCCAACUCGGAAAAAGCUGACUUCGAAAGGGCUAUCGAAUUAACCGGAUAUGGACGCUUCCACUACCUACUGCUGGCAGUAUGCGGCCUCGUCAGUACCUCCGAGGAGAUGGACGUCAUCUCUAUGUCGUUCAUCUUGCCCUCGGCGCAGUGCGACCUAGACCUUACAACUCAGACCAAAGGAUGGCUGAACAGUAUAAUCUUCAUCGGCAUGAUGGUGGGAGCCUACGCGUGGGGCUCUGUGGCGGACUCCGUAGGGCGGAAGAAGGUCCUUAUAGCCAUAUCCAUCGUGAACGCACUCGCCAUCGUCGCCUCGUCCUUUAGCCAGAACUAUGAACUCUUCAUGCUGUUUCGCUUCAUCAAUGGUGCUGCGUUAGGAGGAUCUGGUCCCGUGAUCUGGUCAUACUUCGCGGAGUUCCAGCCGAAGAAGAAGCGCGGUGCUAUGUUGAGUUUCAUGGCUGCUUUCUGGACCCUAGGAAAUCUAUUCGUCGCCGGACUAGCGUGGGUGAUCAUUCCCAGUGAAAUCGGCGGAACAACUGGUGGCUUCGUCUAUAACUCUUGGCGCAUCUUCCUUCUUGUUAUGUCAUUACCAUCAUUCGUGGUAGCCGCAUUGCUGUUUUUACUACCAGAAUCGCCCAAAUUUUUAAUAUCAACGGGUCGCCAAGAAGAUGCACUUGAGGUGUUCCGUGGCAUCUACAUGAUGAAUACCGGUCGCAGUAAAGAGGAAUAUCCAGUGAAACAACUGCUGGUUGACGAACCCAAUCACACAAAACCAGAAAAGAAUAUUGAAACAAAAGAGAAUAAAUCAAAAUUGAAACGGAUGUUGAGUGAUAUAAUAGAACACAGCAAGCAGUUGUUCGUUCCGCCUAUACUUAAAUUUACAACGAUCUCUAUCACAAUCAACUUUACAUUCCAUAUCGGGUACUAUGGCCUGAUGAUGUGGUUCCCGGAGAUGUUCAACCGUUUCGACGAGUGGUCGCGGACCCACGACAACGCUGAGGCGGACAUCUGCCAGGUCACGGCGUAUGUCACGCAGCAGGGCACGCACUCGGCUGAAGCGCAAUGCGAUUCGCACAUACACUCGGACGUGUUUAUGGAGUCGCUCAUUACCGUCGCCGCUGCCAUACCAUCUAACAUCUUCGCCGUGCUCGGCAUGGACAGGCUGGGAAGGAAGUUCUUCCUUGUGUUCGCGACAUUCUCGGCCGGUCUGUGCUCGGCCGCGAUGUACUUCGUGUACAACAAGACCAACAACCUGAUUGUCAGCGCCAUAUUCAGCUCCGUUAUAUCCUGCGGUAACGCCUCCUUGGAUUGCCUCAUCACUGAAGUCUUCCCUACUAAUUUACGAGCUACCGGCGUGGCAGUGUCGAUGGUGGCGGCGCGUCUCGGCGGCAUCAUCGGUAACGUGGUGAUCGCGGCGCUGCUCGACACGUACUGCCCCGCGCCCACCUUCAUCGUGGCCGUGCUGCUCGCCGGCGGCGGUCUCAUGUGUCUCUUCCUGCCCAACACAACGCGGCAGGCCCUACAAUAACAUACCUCCUUACACCGCGAACUCCUCGCGGCCCAUGUGAUAUCCAAAUAUGCAUUAUCAUCGAACAUUGAUGUAAUUAGUUCAUUAGUACAAUAUUAUUUUUUUAUUUAUAAAAAUGUUCCCCAUUUUCUAAAUAUGUUGUACGUAGUUUCAAAAAUAUCCGAAACAAAGUUUCGUAAUGAUCAUGAAAUAUAUUAUACGAGUAUUAUAGAAUAAUAAGGAUCAGUCAGCGAUAGUUUUGUUGUAUAUUAAAAAAUAUUUUCAUAUUUCGAAUUUAUAAAAUACCAUUGUUACGUAGUUUGUAGUUUUUUGUAGCGUGUAAUAAUAAUCCAUCUGAGUUGUGAUAUGAUAGGAAAGUAAAUUUAAAUCAUUUGCAUUGUAAAUAACGCAUUUCAAAACUUGUUCAACAUCUUUUACCUUACAAUGCAAUAAAUGUGUUUUCCUACAUAACUUCAGUUCCUUAGUUUUAUGUAUCAUGUUAGAUAUGUAUUAUACACGGAAUGGAAAGUAAAUCAUUUAAUUACUUA